AUAUCCUGUCGGAGUUCUAAAUCACUCCUCUACAGCAAUCAUGGCAGCUCAAAAUUCGCAAGGAAUACAGACGCUUCUUGAAGCAGAGAAAGAAGCUGCUAAGAUUGUGCAGCAGUCACGUCAAUACCGCCUUCAGAGGUUGAAGGACGCACGCUCGGAAGCAAGUAGAGAAAUAGAUGAGUACAGACAGGCCAAAGAAGCCGAAUUCAAAUCAUUUGAGGCAUCGCACGCAGGAGUCACCUCCAAUGCACAGGUUGCAGUAGACAAGGAAACCAGUAAAAAGUUGCAGGCCAUCACAGAUGCUUAUGAAGCAAACAAAGAUGCGGUUGUGAAGAAACUACUGGACCGCGUUCUAUUGAUCAAGCCCGAGCUACAUCGGAAUCUCAAGAGGGCAGGUGGUGCAGAAUCACAAUGAUCAACUUCAUUGCUAUGGACUUGACUUGUACAAUACUACAUUGGGUGCUUCAGCAAUAAUACCCUCAAUCUGAUAAUUAAAGG